UUCUGAUGACCCGACAGGAGUGACUAUCUCCAGUCAGAGAAAGAGGAGGGUGAAUUUAAUCUUUCAUGCCACUGGAAUGGCAGCUGCUCUCAGCUCUCUCUGAUUCUGUGAAGGUUGAUGAAGAUAGAGCUGGCUUUCAAUGUAGAAAGAAUUUUCCUUUUGAAUAUUCCAAACGAGAGCUUUGCACAUGUGCCUCAAGAACUGAUUGUCUAGGCUCCGACAGGAAUGCAGCAGGAGAGGAGCGUAUUUCAUGCUUAAGACCAGAGAAGAGCCACGCAAUACUCAGUGGAUAAAAGGCUUGCAGUCCCAGCUGGGAAAAAGAGUCCCAUUAUCUCCCAGCUGCAUAGACAUUCCAUACGGCUUGGUUCUGCCUGGAUGCACAGCAUGCCUGGCUGAAAGCUUGAAACAGAGUUCUGCAGAAAAAUUGUAAAGAUACUGAGACAUUUCCCUGGUAAGAUCUACUCUUGAGAUACUGACUGGAAGACAGACUUUUUUUUUCCACCUGAUUAUAUGGGAGAAAUUUUUGACCUUAGAAAGUGGAAAUGAGGUUGCUAUGGAAACUGGUAAUUCUGCUGCCACUCAUAAACUCUUGUGCAGGUGAUGGUCUUUUAAGCCGUCCUAUUUUUACUCAGGAGCCACGUGAUGUCAUUUUUCCUUUGGAUUUAUCAAAAUCUGAGGUCAUCCUGAAUUGUGCUGCUAACGGUUACCCUUCACCUCAUUAUAGGUGGAAGCAAAAUGGCACAGACAUUGAUUUUACUGUGAGUUACCACUACAGGUUGGAUGGAGGCAGUCUUGCAAUCAGUAGCCCCCACACAGAUCAAGAUAUUGGCAUGUACCAGUGCCUGGCCACCAAUCUUCUGGGGACAAUUCUGAGUCGGAAGGCAAAGCUCCAAUUUGCAUAUAUUGAAGACUUUGAAACUAAAACAAGAAGCACAGUAUCUGUCCGAGAAGGUCAAGGUGUGGUGCUUCUCUGUGGCCCACCGCCACAUUUUGGAGAUUUAUCUUAUGCAUGGACCUUCAAUGAUAACCCCUUAUACGUCCAAGAGGACAAUAGGCGAUUUGUAUCUCAAGAGACGGGAAACUUGUACAUUGCCAAAGUGGAACCAUCAGAUGUGGGCAACUACACUUGCUUUAUAACAAACAAAGAGGCCCAGAGAAGUGUUCAAGGUCCACCCACUCCAUUAGUGCAGCGCACGGAUGGUGUGAUGGGGGAAUAUGAACCAAAGAUUGAAGUGCGUUUUCCUGAAACUAUACAAGCUGCAAAGGAUUCAUCUGUAAAACUGGAAUGUUUUGCCCUUGGAAAUCCAGUCCCUGAUAUUAGUUGGAGAAGGUUGGACGGGAGCCCGUUGCCAGGGAAAGUAAAGUACAGCAAAUCCCAAGCUAUCCUUGAAAUCCCGAACUUUCAACAAGAAGAUGAAGGCUCUUAUGAGUGCAUUGCAAGCAACCUUCGAGGAAGAAACCUUGCAAAGGGUCAACUCAUUUUUUAUGCUCCUCCAGAAUGGGAACAGAAAAUCCAAAAUACAUACCUCUCUAUCUAUGACAACUUGCUCUGGGAAUGUAAAGCUAGUGGAAAGCCAAACCCUUGGUACACAUGGUUAAAAAAUGGUGAACGACUCAACCCAGAGGAGAGAAUUCAAAUAGAAAAUGGGACACUCAUCAUAACGAUGCUGAAUGUGUCAGAUUCUGGUGUCUACCAAUGUGCUGCAGAAAACAAAUAUCAGAUAAUUUAUGCAAAUGCUGAAUUGAGAGUUUUAGCCUCAGCUCCAGAUUUCUCCAAAAGUCCAGUUAGAAAAAAGUCUUUUGUUCAAGUUGGUGGGGAUAUUGUUAUCGAAUGCAAACCAAAUGCUUUUCCCAGGGCAGCUAUCUCUUGGAAAAGAGGAACGGAGACCCUUAGACAAAGCAAAAGAAUAUUUCUCUUGGAGGAUGGCAGCCUCAAGAUACAUAAUGUUACCAGGUCAGAUGCUGGAUCAUACACAUGCAUAGCCACAAAUCAGUUUGGCACUGCAAAGAACACUGGCAGCCUCAUUGUAAAAGAGAGAACUGUCAUUACCGUCCCACCUUCCAAAAUGGAUGUUACAGUUGGCGAGAGUAUAGUGCUACCAUGCCAGGCGUCCCAUGACCCCUCCAUUGACGUGGUGUUUGUAUGGUUUUUCAAUGGAGACGUCAUAGACUUAAAAAAAGGAGUGGCUCAUUUUGAAAGGAUUGGAGGAGAAUCUGUUGGGGAUUUGAUGAUAAGGAAUAUUCAGUUAAAUCAUUCAGGAAAAUAUCUCUGCACAGUACAAACAACCCUAGAAAGUUUAUCUGCAGUAGCCGAUAUCAUUGUUAGAGGUCCACCAGGUCCUCCUGAGGAUGUGAAAGUGGAAGACAUUUCCAGUACUACUUCUCAACUAAGCUGGAGAGCAGGCCCAGAUAAUAACAGUCCCAUUCAAAUAUUUGCUAUUCAGACUCGGACACCAUUUUCUGUGGGUUGGCAGGCUGUUGCUACAGUUCCAGAAAUUCUCAAUGGUAAGACAUACAAUGCAACAGUGGUUGGUUUGAGUCCUUGGGUGGAAUAUGAAUUUCGCGUCGUUGCCGGCAACAGCAUUGGGAUUGGAGAACCAAGUAAACCAUCAGAAUUGUUAAGAACUAAAGCAUCAGUCCCUGUUGUGGCACCAGUAAACAUCAAUGGAGGUGGAGGAAGUCGGUCUGAACUCGUCAUUACGUGGGAGUCAAUUCCAGAAGAACUACAGAAUGGGGAGGGAUUUGGAUAUAUCAUCAUGUUCCGGCCAGUGGGCUCGAAAACCUGGUCCAAGGAGAAAGUAGCAUCUGUGGAAUCAUCAAGGUUUGUUUACAGAAAUGAAAGCAUCAUCCCACUGUCUCCCUUUGAAGUCAAAGUGGGUGUGUAUAAUAAUGAAGGAGAAGGAUCCCUGAGUACCGUGACCGUUGUCUACUCUGGGGAAGAUGAACCUCAACUGGCCCCAAGGGGAACUUCUGUCCAGAGUUUUUCUGCUUCUGAAAUGGAGGUUUCAUGGAAUGCUAUUGCCUGGAAUAGAAACACUGGAAGAGUGCUGGGCUAUGAGGUCUUAUACUGGACAGAUGACUCCAAAGAAUCCAUGAUUGGCAAAAUUAGAGUCAGUGGAAAUAUCACAACCAAAAACAUCACGGGGCUGAAAGCUAAUACCAUCUACUUUGCUUCCGUAAGGGCUUACAACACUGCCGGGACAGGGCCCUCAAGCCCCCCAGUCAAUGUUACCACCAAAAAGUCUCCUCCAAGCCAACCACCAGCAAACAUUGCCUGGAAGCUGACAAACUCUAAAUUAUGCUUGAACUGGGAGCAUGUAAAAACCAUGGAAAAUGAGUCUGAAGUUUUGGGGUACAAGAUUCUGUACCGGCAAAACAGACAGAGUAAAACUCAUGUUUUGGAAACAAACAAUACAUCAGCUGAGCUUCUGGUUCCAUUUGAAGAAGAUUACUUAAUUGAAAUAAGAACAGUCAGUGAUGGUGGAGAUGGAAGCAGCAGUGAGGAAAUUAGGAUUCCAAGAAUGUCAAGUUUGAGUUCCAGAGGAAUUCAAGUCUUAGAACCUAGCACCCAUUUUCUGUCCAUUGUCAUUGUGAUUUUUUACUGUUUUGCUAUUCAGCCACUUAUCUGAUGAAUAAAACCAUAAAUCUUUGAGAGUUUUUUGAAAGCAAAUCAUUCUGUAAAUAUGCUCUCCAGCCUCUGACACAAGAUGCAUUCUUAAUACAGACUUGUUUGCAAAGAAAAAAAAAGUAUAUUAUUAAAAUCUUGUAAAUAUCUAUGGUACAUUAAUAAAACAAUUUUAAACACUUUUGAAUUUUAAAAUUCGCACAUGAUUACAUGCAUUCCUAGGUGCCACAUUAACCCAGGGAGUUGUAACUGCUGUGUCUUUUAAGUUACUUAUAUGGAGAAAAUAAAUAACUCCCUUCAAUGAUGGUGAUGAUGAAUACAAACUUGGGUAAUAGUUACCAUAGCUCACAUGUACAUUUUUAUGUAUUCCAGACAAUCACUUCAGUAUUUAAAAUUUCCACCCUACUUCAAAAUAAAAUACAAUUAUUUGUUUAUAGUUGGGGUUCUUUAAAAAUACAAACUAUUCCAAAGCAUGGUGUGCUUUUAUCUCUGAAUCAAGUUGUAAUAAGAAAUCUUUUUACUCAAUAAUAUUUCAAUAUACAUGAUGUUCUUCACAGCUCACUUUUCAGAAGAUUCAGUCAUAAUAAAGGCAGAAAAAGUACUUUAUGGCAAGGAAAAAUAAAUGAUGGGAAAUGAGCACCCACCUAAAGUAAUCUUCUAACAACUCUGGUAUAUAUUAAGCAAUUGCUCAUGGCAAAGUUUAACAUUUGAACUGCUGCAUGAACAAAUCUCAGGUAAUUAUUACAAGUUGAUUGCAAUGUAUGUGGCCUUAUUUUUAUAAUAAAACAAUGUGGAAACAGAAUUAUUUGAUCAAGUUUUCUACACUUUGGUCAAAAUAUUACUUUUUGCCAAUUUUCUCUGCAGCUAUGAAAACAAUUCUACAUGAACUAGGGUUUAGAAAGAUUUUGCAGGUUGACUUUUCUCUAGGGUGAGCCUGUUUCAGUCAGUGGCCUCACUUCUUAGGAUUGUAUAGUCUGGAGAAAGCAGUCUGGGAGAAGGUAAGAUUAGUGACCUGGCCCAUAGAAUGCUAUGUAACCACCCCCUUUCCUCUACAAAAAGCCUUGAGAGGUUAGCUCCUGCUGUCAGCCUUCUCUGGCUCCCAGCCAAUCAGGUUUGCUGUCCGUUAGAGCUAAAUGUGAGAAAUGCUCACGUGAGUUUUAUCUUCUUAACAUGGUGCAACCUCUUAAUUAUGUUGAGAAUAUUUGAGCUAUUCUCACGACCCUCAAAUCAUACAGUCCUCAAUAUGGGAUUUUGUCAUUUGCAUGUCUGAAGUAUUUUAGAUCUCUUUAAAAUACCCCAUGUAGUCAGCAGCAGAUGAACAAUGGCUUUCAUAGUUCAGAACUUGCUCCUUGCCUGAACAGUGUGUCAAGCACACAAUGCAAAUUAAUGAGCCUUAUUCUCCCCAUUGCCAUAUGAUCUGACUGUGCUUUUGUGGAGCAAAACAAAUAAGCAACAACAAAUACUGUUUGGCACACUCGUGUUAACAACUGCCUGGCCAAGAUACAUCUGAAUUGACCAGAGAUACCAGUGCUGGCAUAUGGUCUUAAUGGUUUCCUUAAUUUGGUAAGAGACAAGAUUUGUGUCCUCCUCCCCAAAGAAGAGAUUGAGGGUUAAAUAUACUGUGAGAUUUUUGUUUCUACUAAUUAAGUGAAUCAGAUAUACAGUCGUUUGUGUGUGAGUUCAAAAGCUAAGUCAUUUUUUAUCAAUAAUUCUUAUAUAUUUGCAGAGUGCUAUUUAGUUCAUGAUUUCUGGAAUAUUAAAUGUCUGUAUUCACUGUCUAACAUAUCUAACAUAUUAUUUAUCUUUUCAUCAAUUCACUAAAUUUUUCAGAAUAUACUUUGGCAUUAAUAUAAGCAGCAUGGGCUUUGGUGUGAUUUGAAUCUCUCCUCUUAGUGAAAACUUGGACAUAUUUCUUUUAACAUCUCCAUUUCACUAAUAUCAGAAUAGUAGAAUGUUAUGUACAUAAGGUAUUUGGCGUGGUGCAAGGAACAUUGUAAGUUGUCAAUAAAUGGAGCUGCUGUUAUCUGCUGCUAUGAAUUAAAUCCCAAAUGACAUAAGUUAUUACAUUUACGUAUCCAAUAUAUUAUGAAAAUAGUUUCAACCUUUGUUUAUGUCAAAAUCCAAACCAGCUUCAAGAAAAAUGAAUUGAUCACCUACUCUAGAUACUACAUGGCACUCAAGGAUGAAAACAAUGGUGAUUCUAAUAACCUAUUCCAGGGAAAUAUUCUACAUGAUGUAUAUACUCCUCUGACAUUCAAGAAAGAUUUCCAAUGCAUCCCUGUAUUGACUGAGUAGACUGCUGUUAUAAACAUUAUAUGUCAUUUCCAUACUUCCUAUAAAAAAGGAGAUAAUGUGAUUGUACCUGGAAAUGGCUGGAGAAGGAACCAGAAAUAAAGUUUAGGAGACUCAACACAGUGGAAAUAUGCCACUACAAAGCUAUGGACUGCCUAGAUCGUGUAGAGUUCAAAUGCAGCUUCACUUUUUCUCUUUUGUUCACACUAUCAUCCUCCUUGCUCAGUGUCUCUUUUCUAUCUAUACAGCAGAGGGUGAAGACGGCAUGGCUGCUAUCUUUAAAAACAAAUGCAGAUGGCGAGGGAUGACCUGGAACCCAUAUGGAUUCUAAAUGUAAUAACAUAAUUAUUACUUCUCAUAAGUAAACCUAGUAUUUUUAUACUUCUAAGUAUGUCAGUCUUGAGAUGCAACAUGGAGUAUAUACUGCUGUAUUAGUCCAUUUUCAUACUGAUAUGAAGAAAUACCUGAGAUUUGGCAAUUUAUAAACAAAAAAGAGGUUUAAUGGACUCACAGUACCACAUGACUGGGAAGGCCUCAUAAUCAUGGUGGAAGGUGAAGGAGUAGCAAAGGCACAUCAUACAUGGCAGCAGGCAAGAGAGUGUGUGUAGGGAAACUACCCUUUAUAAUACCAUCAGAUCUCAUGACACUUAUUCACUAUCAUGAGAACAGAAAAAAAAAAACACCCCCAUGAUUCAAUUACCUCCCACCAAGUCCCUCCCAUGACACGUGGGGAUUAGGAUUAUAAGAGUUACAAUUCAAAAUGAGAUUUGGGUGGGAACACAGCCAAACCAUAUCAACUCCCUGUGUACAAUUAUUACUUAAUGUGCUAUAGAACUACAUAUUGAAUUCAGGAGAUAUUUUGUUCUAGACAAUCACAUCUCUGUUGAGGUCAUUACUUACAUUAGUCAGGCUUCUCCAGAGACACAGAGCCAAUAGGGUGUGUGGGUGCAUGUGUGUCUAUGUGUGUGUGUGUGUGUGUGUGUGUGUGUGUGUGUGUGGAGAGAGAGAGAGAGAGAAAUUAUAAGGAACUGACUCAUGUGAUUAUGGAGACUGAGAAGUCCAAAUGCAAGAGAGCUAUGAUGUAGUUACAGACUGAGCUGAAGGCCAACAACCAGGAGGGCCAAUAGUGUAAAUUCCAGUCUGAGUCCAAAUCCAAAGGCAGGAUGAAAGUUAUAACCCAGCUCAAAGACAAUCAAGCAGAGAAUAAUUGUUUCUUACUCAGGCUUCUUGUCUAUUCAGGCCUUCACCAGAUUGGAUGAUGCCCAACUGCAAUGAGGAGUACAAUCUGCCCUACUCCAUCUACCAAUUAAUGUAUUAAUCUCAUCCACAAAAUCCAUCACAGACACAGCCAGAAUGUGUAACCAAAUAUCUGGGCACCACAUGGCCCAGUCGAGUUGACACAUAAAAUUAACUAUCACAGUAUUCUUUGGGCUGAUAUGAAAUAAUUCAAUUCUGCUUUCAUCAGCUUUUGGAACGAAAUUAUUUAAAUGCUCCUCUCAGUUUAUCCAUUUGUAAAAUGAUAUGUUGGGAUUACAAGAUCUCAGAGUUCUUUUAAAACUCUAUAAUUUUAUACUAAUGUGCAUAAUGUGUGACUUAUUUGGGUAUAAGACAGUAUUUCAGAACCCUUCACAACCCACACAUACUCUACUGUCCUUUCCCUUUUUUUCCCCUGUGUUUUUACCAGUUGUUCUGUGCAUUUUAAACUGGAGUUACAUUACUAAAAUUGAGCAUGUUUUUUCAAACUACAGUGGACCCUCAGAGUUUCUAACCCAUCUCUACACUCCAUUGAGAAUCACUGGUGUAUUGCAGUGGUUCCCAAGGGUGGGACUAUAAUGAAGUUUUCACUGUUCAGUGAAAAAAUAUAAGAAAAAUUACAUGUAGAGUUUGGUGAGAUGUUCAUAGUGAAUAAUUUGUGAAAUAUGGCUUUCCUGCAUUGUGAAAUGCUCAUUCUUUGGGGAAACAAAGUUGAGAAUGGAUCACAGUUUGUUUUACCUGCUCUGUUUUAAAAUAUUUUACUUGGGAAAAGAGUAGAUUACUUUAUAUCACGUUCAAUUAUUUUUAUUAUUAAAAAUGUUUAUCUUCUAAGGAAAAUGAAAAGUUGAAAACCACUUGUGUUAAGUCAUCUUUUUAAUACUUGUUUCUUUAAUCUCAUAACCAUUAAAUUAGCAAUUUGACUUUGUGUGUUGAACUAUAGUUUAUAUGCCAAAGCACCAAGGUUCUGAGUUCUAUAGAAUUAUUGCUUACUUAUGUAAAUCCAGUCAUAAUUCUAGGAAAUAUGGCCUACCACUUAUAACAAAACAUGAAUAUAAUUAGAUUGCAAGAAAAAUAGAAUGUCAAAAUCCCGACUUUUUUAAUAUCUUAAAAUAUGGAAAUUAUUUGCUUUCUACUUUUCUAUGUUAAAAAUUCUUUCAUGAAAUUAAGUAUAGUUAGUUGUUAGGCUUUCCUUAAUGUACUUACAAAUAAUUUUAGCAAAAUAAUUUUAUUUUAGUAAAAAAAUUUUUAUUGAAAGAUAAAUUUAUUUCUUCAGUUUUUUUCAAAUAUUAUUGCUCUUAACAGUGCUUGGUGUGGUCCUGGGCAGAGAAUGAUGCUUAAAACAUGUAUUUGCUUUCUGGACUGAUUUAUACAGCCAACUGUUGGCAAUUUGUUUUCCUUUGGUUUCCUUAAUAAAAUAAGGGCCAGGCACAGUGGCUUAUGCUUGUAAACUCCCAGUACUUUGGGAUGCCAAGGCUGGUGGAUCACCCGAGGUCAGGAGUUUGAGACCAGCCUGACCAACAUGGUGAAACUCCAUCUCUACUAAAAAUACAAAAUUAGCCAGGCGUGGUGUACAUGCCUGUAAUCUCAACUACUCUGGAAGCUGACACAGGAGAAUCGAUUCAACCCGAGAGGAAGAGGUUGCAGUGAGCCGAGAUCGUGCCUAAACUCCGGAUUUUGGUGGGUAAAUAAUAUAUCUCUGAAAUAAAUAAAAUAAAUAAAAAUAAAAUCCUUGGAAUAUUGUCAUUUGAAAAAAUAUCAGAAAUGCUGGUAUGUUGCUAUUUUAAAACACAUACUUUAAAAUCUACUUAGAUGUGCCUUAGAAGAUCCUUAUUUUGUUCGGAGGAAAGCUCUGGAGGGAAGCUCAUGAGAUGACUCUUUAAAUAAAGACAGCAAGUUGCAGCUCAAUGAGAAUGAAAAUAAAUCUUGAUGUGAAGUGUUUUGCUCCCUACACCCAUUAAAGAGAAGGAGUAAGCUAGGCUAAAAUGUUUAUGGGUUUAUCAUGUUAUUCCUGGAACUCAAUGCUCUAUUGGAUAGAAUUCUGUUCUUAAGCAGUGAUUAAUUAAUGUUUAUAAAUCACUUCAAAGAUGAAAAGCAUUCUAUAAAGUCUAAUCAUUUAUAUUAUGGUGAUUUUUUUCCAAGAAGUAUAUUGACUUUUUGCAAUAGCAGUUUGAAAGCAUGUAUUCGUGACUGAGGACAGGUAUCAUGCCUGGAGGAAAAUAGUAAUUGGAAAGUUUGAAAGGUAAUAAUUCUGAGAUACUGAAAAUUUAGGUGAAUAUAUAAUAGUCUGCAUGGACUAAAUAAUUUUAAUUCAAACAUGAAGUAAUCUACAUCUAUUUAUGACAGUUUUCAGCUUGUGAAAUAAAUGUCAUAGCAACAGACUAUGUUCCUGAAAUGAUAUAUACUUCUAACAAACCUCAGGUAAUCUCAGGGGCUUUCAUAGUAACAAUAAUGAGUUUAGGGAACUUUUAUUACCUAUAACUGCAGUAGUUAUAAAAUCCCCCAAAACUAACUUUGAACAGAUUCAUUUUAGCCUAUUUUUGUUGACAGAAAGCAUAAUUAGAUAUAUUACUGGCCUUUUCUAAAUCAGAUCAUUUUCCUUAUCUGUGUAAAACUGAAAAUGUUAUAAUUUAGUCAUCUAAAUUACUGUUGUAUUUAGACUUGCAAACAUACUGAGAUAUUUUCAUCUUCUAAAUUCUUAAAAGAAUAGAGUCUAGAAUUUUUUUUUUUUUUUUUUUUGAGACAGAGUCUUCCUCUGUUGCCCAGGCUGGAGUUCAGUGGCACGGUCUCGGCUCACUGCAACCUCUGCCUCCCAGGAUCAAGGAAUUCUCCUGCCUCAGCAUCCCCAGUAGCUGAGAUUACAGGCAUGCACCACCACGCCCAGCAAAUUUUUGUAUUUUUUUAGUAGAGAUGGGGUUUCACUAUGCUGGCUAGGCUGGUCUCAAACUUCUGACCUCAAGUAAUCUACCCAUCUCAGCCUCCCAAAGUGCUGGGAUUACAGAUGUGAGCCACCGCCCCUGGCCGAGUCUAGAAUUUUCUAAAAGAGACUCCUAAGUCCAAGGACAUGGCUCAGGUUAUUUUGAGUAAUGUUUGGACUCACAUAAUAUUUCAAACUAGAUCACAGUGGAAAAAAGACUGUAACUAGUUAAGGAAAUUCUGAAAAUCCACAACUUGUUGGUGUCAACAGGUAGACAGUACUCAAGAGGCUGAGGCUGGAAGAUGACUGGAGCUCAGGAGUUUGAGGCUGCAGUGAGCUUUGAUCACGCCACUGCACUCCAGCCUGGGCAACAGAGCAAGACUAUGUCUCAAAGCAAAAAUUGACAGAACGGAAAUAAUAUUCAUUUAAUAUCUGUUGAUAACAACUAAGAUACCAGAUUUUUCUACCUGAAAUUGAUAUACUUCAUCAGAAAACUUCAUGCCUUGUAUUAUAUCAUGUUACAUUAGGCUGCCUUACACUAUAUUUUAUUAUUUAAUUAUCAUCUGUCUCAUUUUGUUUUAGAAAAUGAAAAAUGAGUACCAGAGGAGAUGGACCUUAUCUUUGCAUUUCCCCUUGCAUCCGUCACACCCAGAAGAGUACCUGACAUCCAGUAGUUGCUCAACACAUAUAUUUUGAAUGAAUAUACAAACAAAAGAAAGGGUUGAGUGUGCAUUACUUAAUAAAAUCUCAUUGCCACUCCUAGAAAAGUGGCAAAGUUAACCUAAAGAAUUUUGUCUUUUGUAAAGCUUUCAUAUUAAAAUAUUAUAAUUUUUUUGCCUUA